CACCCCUUCUCAAUCUUUUUUUGAAGAACCCACACCUUCUCAAUCUCAAGCGGCACCUACUUCUCUCUCUCUCUCCCUCUCUCUCUCUCUCUCUCUCUGUAGGAGCAGAGGGUGUCAGUCAGUGUACAGAGGGCAUGUACGCCAUGGCAAGCGCCGGCGGCAAGGACGAGCCGGGCCUGUUCGUGAAGCAGGGGAGCAAGCUCCACUCCAAGAUGCUCUCCAAGGAGGCGGCGGCGCAGCUCGCCGUGCCGUCGUUCCGGGUGUACUACUCCGUGGCCUCGGCGGGCGCGGUGCCGUUCCUGUGGGAGUCGCAGCCGGGCACGCCCAAGAACGACUCGCCCUCCGCGGCCGCGCUCCCGCCGCUCACCCCGCCGCCGUCCUACUACGCCGCGGGCCGGGGCGGCGCUGGCGGCCGGUCCAGGAAGCGCCGGCCGGGGCUCAUCGGCGCCAUCCUCCCCAGGAUCGCCCUCCUCCGGAGGCCCGGCCGGACGGCGCCGUGCUCUUCCUGGUCCUCCUCCUCCUGGUCGUCGUCGAGCUCGAACACGUCGUCGAUGUCGCCCGUGUUCACCGUGCAGUCGUCGCCAGCCGCGGGGGGUUCCCGCGGCCACCGCCGCGCGUUCUCGGCCGGCGGCGUCGAGGACGCGGAGGCCGCGCCACGGUGCUUCUGGACAGACCGCGACUGCUGCGAGAAGGGGGUGGUCAAGGGGUGCGGCGUCGCGGUGGCCGUCAGGAACGCGCUCGCCACGGUCGUCGGCGGCAAGCCCCGCCGCGGAGCCACCGCAGCAUAGAGAGAGAGAGGCUUCAUAAUAUGGCUAAAGUUGAGGGUGUGCUUUGCAUUUUGCUGCAGCAUGUGGGCCUACUGUAUGUGAUUUGUAGUACUCCCUCCGUUCCAAAUUAUAAGUCAUUUCAAGAA